CAUUUGCAGACCGCAGGCUCCGCAGGACAAACAGUGACGUGUGUCUGUCAUCGGGGUGGUUUGUUUACUUUCGUGUGUUAUGGGCAACAAAAAUGCUUCAAGAAAUACUGGAUAACUUGAGGAUCGCCGUAGAACAGGGUCGAACGGACAUCAUCCGCAGUGUCCUCGAAGCAUGUGAGUCUCAGAUUUCCCCAGAUGAACCUGGAGCUGUAACAAAGGAAAAAAUUUUGAAUUCUCCAUGCUUAGAUGAGGGGACGUUCCUGCACUUAGCAACUAAGCUCAACCAUGGUGAUGUGGUCCGAACUUUGCUGGCAUUUGGUUCUGAUCCACGAGUUCAAAACAAACUGGGGCUCAAUGCUGUAGAUGCAGCUAAUCACCAUUUACGUGAGAUAUACAUUGAAGAAUUAUUAAGAGCCACUGCAAGCUCUGACUGUGAGAGAGUUUGUCAGUUGUUAGCCGCUGGAAUUUCUGUAAACUCAUGGGAUAGUGAAGAAAGUGGAAACACACCUUUGCAUUGGGCUGCUUGUUAUGGAAAUCGUGAAAUUGUGUCAUGUCUACUAGACCGAGGGGCGGAUGUGAAUAGUGUGAAUUCACUUGGUGUGACACCCUUACAUGAUGCUGUAGCUAGAGGUGACAUUGAUGUAAUUGAAGAGCUCAUCCAGGCAGGGGCCAAUGCUUUUGUUCGAGCUACUAAAGGGAAAUUUUCAGGAAAAACAGCUUUUGAGAUUGCUAGCCAAAAGCCAUCCUUAGAACUAAUUAUAACAAAACUGGCUCCUUAUGAGACGGCAUCUUCUCCACCUCAAACGUCAGGGGAGGGAAAUCACAGCACCUUAAAUACAGAGCAGGUGCCUCACCUGAAAAGGAAUUUACCCUCUUGUCACAACACUAGGAAGCUAUCAUCAAGCAGUAUGAAUAGUCCCAAGAAGGACAGAUUAAGAAGUGUGUCACUUGAAUCUUAUGAUGUUGUCAACCGGAGUAAUGGUUUUGUGUCUAAUGGAGGAGAAGGAAAUAUUCAACAUGCUCCUCUUAAUCAUAGCCAAAGUGCUUGUUACACCCAUGAAUCUACUUCCCCUAAAAGUUCUAGAAGAAGUUUGUAUUCAUCACAGGCUUCUCUUGAUCUAGCUCCAAGAAUUGAUCAGAUGGUUGAGAGCUUAGUGCGAACUCACAUUAAUACACCAGUUGCUCCUUUAGUGACACAAGGUCCAUUGCAUUUGCUAUGGCCUCAGCCGCAACAUAUUGUUGAGCUAGGAAGUGAUGCAUUAGAUGGAGAUCCGGAGGAACCAUUCUUGCCUCAGAAGGAACUUCAUAUAUCUGUCGUCCAGGGCAACGUCUCGGUCCAUAGAAUCUUGGAUGUGUGGGAUUUGAGCCGAACUGCAUUACUAGCAUUAGGAUACAAUGUAAAAAUAGGAGAUAUUCAGCCUGCAGCUGGUAUGGAAACUGAGAGCCAGGUUGAAUGCACUGUGAAUGAGGAUUUGUUCAGCCAUAGGGAUGCAUAUCAGAUCCAUAUAAGUUCAAUUAAAGUCAAAAUAGCUGCUGCCAGUUUGGCUGGCUUACAUUAUGCACUGUGCACUUUCACUCAACUGCUACGCUUGAGUGUUGCCGCAGCUGAACAAGAAGGAAGGAAACCAACACUCCCUUCAGUUUUAAUUCAGGAUUAUCCUACGCAGAGACACCGAGCUGUUCUCUUAGAUGUGUCACCAAAUGGAAGAGUUCCCAUCCUUGAUUACUUGUUCCACCUAAUAGAUGUUUGGUCAUCGCUUAAAAUAUCUCAUCUUCAUUUGUAUACUAGGCUACUUCCAAGUCAUGAGUGGCAGUUAUGCUAUUCAAAGAGUGAAAUGGUGACUAUAGAUAGAUAUUGCCAAGACCGAUUCAUAAGCUUAGUACCAGUUCUAGAUGUUGAGCCACAUGUGAACUGCCAACACUUAACAAAAAUGUGGCCUGCUUUCCAAGAAAUAAUUGCAAGUUUUCCAAAUAUAAGGUACGUUCAUGUUGGACCAAGACUAAGCAGCCUUCUCUUAGCACGAGAUGACGAUUCUUCUACACAUCGCUGCCCAAAUGAUAGUACAGAAGCAGGAAAUCGGAGUAGCUCUGUCUCAGUAGAAAAUGAAGACCUUGAUAGAUCUCGUGGUGCGGAGAGUGAUCAAAUAAGCCUUGCUUUGGAAAAUGAUAAUGGGUUGUAUGGAGUUCCCAGUUUUAUGAGAGAACUUUGGCAUCGGCUGGAUCUCCCACCCAACAUCACCUUGAUGUUGUGUGCUAAUGGUCUGCACAGCAGAUUUUAUAAUAUUCCUCCAAAUGUUGUCCUCGUAGAAUAUGGCUUCCAGGCUGACUACGACUUUGUGCAAUGGACUCAAGACUUUCGCAGCCAAGGUAACAUGACUUGUCUCUGUCCUGGAACUGCGAGUUGGAAUAGCUUGGCAGGGUGCCCUGAGGCUUCCAUUUGUAACAUCUACCGUGCUGUACAAGCUGCACAAAAGCAAGGGUCUCUUGGAGUUGUCAUUGCUCAUUGGUCUGGAUCUUUUCAUCUGACACCCCAUCCCUUCAGUUUGCCUGGUUUUGUUGUUGGCGCUGGGCUUGCUUGGAAUGCCUCAACACAUUGGGAUUACUUACAUACCUCUCUACCAGCUUUGUUGGAUACCCAUGUGUUCUUGGAUAGUGCUGGUAUUCUUGGAGGUGUUAUCUUGGAACUAGGAUAUGCUGAGACUCUUGUCCUAAGAGUUAGUCGCGGACAGGAUCGAAAUGAUCCAAGGGACCUCCCUCCCCAAGAUGGUUCUGCUCUUUACAAACUUCUGACUGACCCCGACAGUGUCAAUCUUGAAAGGACACCUGUUGAUUUGUUUGCUAGAGUAUCAAAACAUAUCAAAAGAUGUCAGACCAGUUUAUUUGCUGCUAAGCCACAAUGCCGGUUUUCUGAGAUGGUUGUUCAAGAAUUGCAGCUGGCUGCAGACUUGCUUUUGACAUCCUGUCGUAUUGGCCGAUCACUUGUGUCUGUUGGAACUAAUCCAAACUCAAAUAUGGGACUAUCUGUGAUUAACCUAGGAAUAUCUAAUCUCCCUCCAACAUUCCGUACUGACAUCGCUAACAAAUUACUUGCUCACAUUGAACAAUACAAAGGAACUUGGUUACAACGUCAUCUUCCCGCUGGUCUACAAAGUUCUCUCCUGAUUCUUACAUCUGUUUUAAGAAGAUUUGUGCCAGAUGAAUCCUGCUCAUCAGUUUGCAGUGAUACCGGUAGGUGUAUAUUGCUCUUUCUGUACAGAUUUUGUUCAAUGGUAAUAAUCUUGAUUUUCAAUUAAAUUUUACCCUUCAGCUCCUUUUCCAACAAGUGGAGAGCGCUUUUGAUAACUAGUAUGACAAGUAAGUUAUGGAGACGUGAGGUGUUUCCUUUAGAAGAUUGAACUAGGACUGUGUAAAAAAAAUAAAAAAUUAAGGGGAAAAAAUAUGUGAAUUCCGUAUGACUAUUCUUAUUUUAUAGCUGCAGAGCAGGAGGAUAUAAUUUUAGAAAAAAUAGUUGGUCAACCAGCACUAAGCCUAGGAUGAUAUAGUAUCAUCCUAGACGAAGCUGUUCUUGUUGUUUGUUGUAAGGAUAUCAUUUAAGAUUGUUGAAAGCUUCAUGUUUGUCCUUGACUAACCAGAUGUUAUCUAUAACUUUUCCAUCCUAAAAGCAAAGGGGUCAAAAAUUAGUGAGUGUUGAAACAAAAUACAACCUAGCAUCCUCUAGCAUCUUGUGUCAAUAAGCUAGUGAUUUAAAGUGAUAAAAACAAACCUGGUCAUCUGACACUUGUUCCACAUAGAGAUGGGUAUCAUUCCAUGCCUUGACUUUAGUAUACCCGUAGUCACUGUUUCGGAAUGCUGACCACUCUGGCUUAUUUGGAAUGAACGGAUCAGUACGCUCACUGCAACCCUGUAAUCAUGUAUUAUUUUAAAACAGUUUGUUUUUAGUUACGUUAGAUCUCAGUUGAUUAUUUUGGUUUAACAUUUUGUUUAAUGUUAGAAAAAAUGUGAUUUUUAUAUAGGUCAAAUUAUUUAUCAAAACAUGUACCCCUUAUGAAUGUUAAUUUUUGAUGGACCAAAACAAACUUGUUUUGAAUCUUGCUACACUCGUUAGUUUUUGGAAUCAUAGUGUUGUUUGCUAAAUCAAUAUUUUACUCCAAUAGUACCAAUGUAUUUUGGUACUGCAUACUUUUAUUGUAUUAUGUGCAGUGCAUUUUAGUGCCUAACUAAUGAAAUGUAGGUACUAGUUGGUAAUUUGUUUUUCACAAUAUAGCCCAGCUGUUUGAAGUAUUCCAUCCAAAAGUCUUUGUUUAAGAUGUUUUGUCUCAUGAAUUUGUUAUUACUUAAAGUCAUUAAGCUGAUCUCAUCAAAAUUAUAGCACUGUUUUUUUAAUUAAUAUACUCCCUUAACUAGUUUUA